UAGAUUGAGUUUGAUAAAAUGUCAGAGAUAGUCGAGAAAAGGAACUCGAUCCACUGACCACUGACUCAGUUUUAAAAGCGAUUGUCAAUGAGAAGAUGAAAGAUUUCAGCAGCGCGCGUCGAUAGAUGUAAUCGAGAAAGCUAAACGGAGUUGCUGCUUCAGAGGAAAAAUGGGAGAUAAAGAUAAAGAAUGGGAAUAUCAUCUCCGAUCUCUGUCUUCCGCCGCCAGAGAUUCAGCUGACCCCGCGGCCGAUCCUUCCCUUCUUAUUUCGGUCAAGAAGCUAUAUGAAUUCUGCAAAAGCGAGAAAUCAGACGAGCUGGUAGCUAGGGUUUAUCCACUACUCAACAAAAUAUUUCAGCGUUGUGUUGCUUCAAUUUCGCAUACUCAAGCCUCCAGCGGCCUCCUUUUACUGGCAAUUCUACAAUUUUUUCUUGAUUUUGGAGAUAUUGUUCUACUUGAUGCUGAACCUAGUCUGAGGACAUUUUUCCGCUCGUGUUUGAGCCGUGAGUUUGCAGACCCUGUUGUUGCUCAAGCAUCACUUGCAUUUCUGAGCUCAAACAAAACAAAACUUCUGAAGGCCUUCCCUACAUUAUUUCCGCAGUUUUUCCCUUUAAUGCUGAAAUUGAUUGCAUGGAAUGGAGAGAAAUUAAAAAACUCAUUCCUGAGUAUUUUCUCUGGAUUUAUCUCUCCUGGAUCAUUCAUUCCCCUGUUUCCGUCCCUUGUAGACUUACCUAUAUUGGUUGUGGCAUUGGAAAAGGUGGAAAGAAGUUCAGGGUCACUUGUGGGAAGCAGCAUAGCUUCAAUACAGAAAAGUGCUGCACCUGAGAUGCUGCUUGCUCUCAUGGAUGAGGCAUAUACUGGCUCUAUGAUAGGAGAUGGAGGUGCAGAUUCCGAAUCUGAAGAUAGUGCUCCUAUGGCUGCAGCUGACCCUAUCUUUCUUGAUCUCCUCAAGGAUGAGAAUGAGGGCCUUGCUGAACGUCAUUGGACCUCUCCUGCAAUGGCUUCAGCUUUGCAAGCAGUAAUCAGUACCCCUUUGUCCAAUAGACUGAAAGAAGCACUGAAAAUAGCUCCACGGCUUCUCGAUUCCUAUUUCACACUAGCAGUUUAUGAUGCGAAUGAUUCCUUGAUAUGUGCCUUGAUUCCUUUGAUUAUGGCGAGAUAUUCAACCUUAUUUCCAGACAAAAUGUUUUGUUAUGAGGUUCAGAAGAGGCUCUUAGAAUUCCUGCUUUCUGCCUUUCAUCGAUCUCCUCAUUUCAUUGCCCUUCUGAAGAAGCCUAUCGUGGACAGGCUUGGAGAAGCUUAUGACAAUCCCGUGAAGACUGAGUUAGGAUUACAGCUCUGUUGGGCCAUUGGGGAGUAUGGAGGUGGUGGUGAAUCUCACAAAGAUGCAGCUCGUGAACUAUUUGAGAGUUUGGAGUUACUUCUGUAUGAAAAUCUAUCUUCAAGCCGCUUGGGGUUAGGUGAAGCAGUGCAUGGUUCUGGCGGCUCUAGUUUCAGAAAAUCUUCUCAGUCAAGGCUUCUUUGUUUUGUCGUGACUGCAAUUGCAAAACUUGCCACUUAUCACCGUGAAUUACUACCUAGGGCUCGUGUGUCUUUAGCAAAGGUAGCUCGUUCUCGAAUUUCAGAUGCAAGGGUGUGGAAGCGUGCUCAGGAUUAUUUGGGUUUAAUGAACGAGCCUGCAAUAUGUUUAUCGGUCUUGGGCCCUUCUACAUCAGGCGAAUUCAUGCAAUAUCCAGGCACCAUAAACUGGAAUGAAGGCCAUAAAAAAAUGAUCGCUCAUAUUCCAUUCUACAUCCUAGGUGGUCAAGAAGGUCCCCCUCCCCACGACUUUUCGAUUUUGGACAUUCUUCCUACGGAAUAGUUUUCGAUCCAGUACAACCAAUCGAAUUAGCAGAUCAUAAUACAAAUACAAAUAUUUUACAUAUUUUACAUGGGACGAUGAACUUUACCUGCCUAUUCUUGGAGCUGUCUUUAUUCUUUUCUGCCGAUGAUUAUCAAAGAUAUGGCCAAGUUUUCAUUGCAAACAUUAAUAAGUCGUUUAUGCUCAUUGGGCAUUUCUUCAGUGUUUCCAGAUUCAUGUUCUCUUUGCAUAAGACAAAAUAAUCUUUGUUCAAUUACCGUUCAAGUAUAAAAUGACCAUAUUGAGAUGAGUAGUUAUAUCUAAUAAUUCUGGCUACAUAUGUAUCUGUUCUGUAAUGCUACUUGUAACUUAUUAGAAGGUGAACCUCUCGAUCUGCCCGUUAUCUGCAUCGCUGAUUUACGCCUGAGGGAACUGAUUUCUCAUUCA